CGCACCUAGACCUAGUACUAGUAGGUGUGGUUGAUUUCUUCGCGUCUCCGAAUGCAGCUCCACAUAAUCAACUACCACAUAAUCUUCCCUGCAAAUCAGUCGAAGCUGGUCAGAUACUGCGCACCUAUGCCAACUAACUAAUUACAUUACUGUACUUCUACUGUGGAAAUAAAUUGUCGACUACAGCUAAGCCUAAGGAUGAGUAAGGUCAGUACUUGUGGGUUGGUCAUGACUGUGUGUGCUUGGACCGGUGCUCGGGAACCUGGCUUUAGACUUUACUAAAGUUUAGGGGAUCAGCCGAGAAAAACACCCUGGCAGCGGAUGUUUCGUAUCAAACCGAGCACACGUAGAUCUACCUGGCUGGAAGACACGAAGAUCUCCGUCGUCGCCCGGACUGGUCGUGACUUCACCACCGAUGUGUCCUAUAAUUAUCAGUCACGGGACAGGUCGGGAGCGUGUGCUUGAGCAGACAACCACUACGUGCGGGAGAGCGUUUUCCGAGACACAAUUCUACGGAAGUGGGCUGAAGAUUGUGGUGACGUCUUACAAUAUCCGAUGGCGGCGAUGUGCAGCAUCAAACAGACCGCACCAUUCUCAUCGCGCUUUCCAACAUCCAAGCGCCACUUCGCCGUCGGGCUGCCUGCCGCACAAGUAGGUUUUUGGGUCAGCCCUCCAGGGCCACAUCGAAGCAACUUAAAAGGGAGGAAAGCUCUUAGCUCAUCAGUAGAGCAGUUUGACCAUUUCCUAGCAACUUCCAGUUCUCAAUCAACCCGAUCAUUGCUAAGUGGAGCACUCUGGGCACGGAAGGUUGGCAGGAUGGAGGCGAAUGCUGCUCGCGUUGUCUUUGUUUGCUUGCUACUUGCCCUGCUGACGCCAGAAGGGAACAGUCAGGACGUUACGACAGGCCCACCCGUCCAGCGUGAUCCCAACCUGCUUGGCGAGGCACUUGGUCCUGGGGAGUGUAGCGAUUUCGAGUUCGAAGCCGGCGAAAAAGUUGCCGUAAGGUCACCGGGAUCGCUUCAGGUCCUACUUACCUGUAAAAAACACUACCGUUUUGCCGGCGCAAACACGCUUACAUGCAAUUUCAGCGCACCCGGCGGACCAGCGUGGGACAACCCCAUUCCAACUUGCGAACAAACCGAGUGUUUAGACCCUCCCACCAUGGAGAGUGGUUAUAGAAAAUGGACCGGAAAUAAUCCUGGAGAUAAUGCAACGUACUACUGCUUAUUUGACGACUAUGAGUUGAACGGAGAAGAAGUUCUGCAAUGUCGGCCAGGAUUCCACUGGUCUCCCGACCCUCCGUACUGCCGACAAAUUGAUGACUGCUUCCCAAAUCCAUGCGAGAAUGGUGGAGAGUGCACGGAUGGUGUCAGAGACUUCACGUGCAAGUGUAGGCUUGGUUUUGUGGGGAAACGCUGUCAAACAAAUCCCGACGACUGUAUUUCCAACCCAUGCAAGAACGGUGCAACAUGCAGAGAUCGAGUUAACGGCUACACCUGUGAUUGUCCAGCUGGGUAUGUUGGUCCACAGUGUGGAACAGAUCCCGAUGACUGUCAGUCCAAUCCAUGCAAGAACGGUGCAACAUGCAUUGAUCGAGUCAAUGCCUUUGUCUGUGAAUGUCAAGCUGGAUACAUUGGUGAACUGUGUGGAACAAAUCCUGAUGACUGUAAGUCGAGUCCAUGCAAGAACGGUGCAACAUGCAGAGAUCAAGUUAACGGCUUUGUCUGUGACUGUCCAGCUGGGUAUAUUGACCCACAGUGUGGAACAGAUCCCGACGACUGUAUCUCCAACCCAUGCAAGAACGGUGCAACAUGCAGAGAUCGAGUUAACGGCUACACCUGUGAAUGUCCAGCUGGGUAUGUUGGCCCACAGUGUGGAACAGAUGCUGAUGACUGUCAGUCCAAUCCAUGCAAGAACGGUGCAACUUGCACAGAUCGAGUCAAUGGCUUUGUCUGUGAAUGUCAAGCUGGAUACAUUGGUGAACUGUGUGGAACAAAUCCUGAUGACUGUAAGUCGAGUCCAUGCAAGAACGGUGCAACAUGCAGAGAUCAAGUUAAUGGAUUUGUCUGUGACUGUCCAGCUGGGUAUAUUGACCCACAGUGUGGAACAGAUCCUGACGACUGUAUUUCCAACCCAUGCAAGAACGGGGCAACGUGCAGAGAUCAAGUUAAUAGAUUUGUCUGUGAAUGUCCAGCUGGGUAUAUUGGCCCACAGUGUGGAACAGAUCCUGACGACUGUAAGUCCAAUCCAUGCAAGAACGGUGCAACUUGCACAGAUCGAGUCAAUGGCUUUGUCUGUGAAUGUCAAGCUGGAUACAUCGGUGAACUGUGUGGAACAAAUCCUGACGACUGUAAGUCGAGUCCAUGCAAGAACGGUGCAACAUGCAGAGAUCAAGUUAAUGGAUUUGUCUGUGACUGUCCAGCUGGGUAUAUUGACCCACAGUGUGGAACAGAUCCUGACGACUGUCAGUCAAAUCCAUGCAAGAACGGUGCAACAUGCAUUGAUCGAGUCAAUGCCUUUGUCUGUGAAUGUCAAGCUGGGUACAUUGGUGAACUGUGCGGAACAGAUUCUGACGACUGUAAGUCGAGUCCAUGCAAGAACGGUGCAACAUGCAGAGAUCAAGUUAACGGCUUUGUCUGUGACUGUCCAGCUGGGUAUAUUGACCCACAGUGUGGAACAGAUCCUGACGAUUGUCUCUCAAGCCCAUGCCGCAACGGUGCGACGUGCACAGAUCGAGUCAAUGGUGUCAGUUGUAACUGCACGACUGGAUUCACUGGUCCACUAUGUGAAACAGUUCAAUGCGGCACACCUCCUUCCAUUGGGAAUGGCUAUCGGCGCUACACAACCACGCUGUACCAAGACAAGGUGAGAUAUACAUGUGAUCAUGGUUACAGCAUGCAGGGAAUGCGGGAGCUGGUGUGCCAGAUGAACGGGCAAUGGUCACCCAAGCCACCAACAUGCGAAGUGAAGUGUGGUGCACCACUACCGGCGGACUUUCUCCGCCAAUACCAGACGUUGACAACCAGAGCUGGGUCACCUAACUGUGGGCAAACAGCUGCCGACAUCAUCAUUGUGUGCGAUGAGUCGGCAAGCAUGCAGGCAGCACGCAAGGAGAGACUCCACACGCUCGUGGAAAGGCUGGACGAGUCGUUGAAGGAGCACGGCUUUGGUCUCUACCCUGGCAUUCCCAACCAGUACAGUCUGGUCGGCUUUGGCAACUUCUACCGGCGGACAAACCGGCCAGUUCCAGCACCGCAUGUUCUCGUCAACACCGCCAAUCAACGAGUGUACGACAUUAGCGGCUUUGGCCAUGCGUGCAGCAAUCUUCAAAAUGAUGGCUCACACGAAGACGGUUAUUACGCAAUCCAGUUCGCUUUGAACAACAUCACUGACCCGCAGUCCAAGAGACAGCUGCUGCGACUGAGGGAGGCACACAUUGCACCGAUCAUCCUCUUCAUCUCCGACGAGGACCGAGACGUUCACCAACGCGGCGGUGCGCGGAUCUCACGCAGCUCCGUCAAGAGAAUGAUCCGCAAGAGCGGAGCCCAGCUGGAGGCCAUCGUCGACAACACCUUCUGGCACCAGGGUCAGGGCGGUUUCGGUGUCGACGCGACCGGCAAGCUCUACACGGCAGACAACUCCGGCGGAUACACCACGUCCACUCCAGAAUACAUCAAGAGAUACCUGCAGUUCCACUAUCGCAAAACUCGCCGCGACUACACUUCGGUAGCGCUGGAACUCGGUGGCGCGGCGUGGGAUUUGAAGGCCCUCAUGCGCGUGGACCAGCUGGAUCAAUCGUACGUGGAGGCCUUCGUCAACCGCACCGUCGCCAUGGUGGAGCAGAAAGUUCACAAGUGCUGCUCGUGCCAGUGUGUCACAGCGGACACUGAUCGUGUUCUGCGAUGUGACAUGGCUGCCGGUGAUGGCGAGUGCAAGAAGAGAGCAGUCAACGUGUUCCGUGGCUGAAAACAAGACGUAGUACAUUUCCCCAUGCUUCUUUUUAACCAUUACCCUACUACUACUAUGUGGUAAAUGGUUAAUGCUAUUCUUCUAGCCCCAUCUAGCAUGCCCUACUCCUAUUUGCUGCAUGAGGAGGUAAGUAGAUACCCAAGCCCACAACUGACUCUUGACUCCCUAUGCUUUUGCCCGCUUGCAGUACAUGUGCAGAUUUGCACAUUUUUGAACACCUUGUCCCUUCCCUGAAACUGUCCUUUCUCGCCAGCUUUGAACUAAUUUUUAAUAGUAGAACACACCUUUUAUUCCACUCAUCCGUCUUUUUGUCUGCGAAGGCAGCUUUCUUUGGCAGCUGAUAAAUAUUUCAUUCUAGUUUUCUUCUUUUUUGCUGUGUUUGCAGCUAUUUGCAGCUUACUAAUAUAAACAAAGAACUUGCAUCAAAACCA